AUGUUUAUCAAGACUGAAGCUGGUGAACAGAUCUCUAUUGACAUUGGAACAUCAAAUACGAUCAGAGAUGUGAAGAAGAAGAUUCGACAUAAGAUGGGUAUUCCUGUCAACAACCAACUGUUAGUCGCUAACGACGCAGAAUUGGAAGACGAUCGAACUCUUUCUGACUGCGGUAUUGACAACAGUUCCGUCGUCUUUCUAAUUUCAAUGCACAUUGGAUUAAGUGGCACGAACCAUACGUCGAGGCUCACUGUCAAGACCGAGGACGGCGGUAAAAUUACACUUGAUAUCGAACCAUCUUGGACAAUCAGGGACGUGAAAAAGAAGAUUCAAGAUCAAGAAGGUAUUUUACCCGAACAGCAACUUAUAGUAAUUAACGAUGCAGAAGUCGAUGAUCAUCGAGCUGUUUCCUACUAUAACAUCGGCAAUGAUUCUAGCAUUCAUUUGAUUAAAAUGGGCGAUGCGACGACUAUUGUUGCUCAUCCUCCGGUUGUUCCAAGUGCAACGGCAAAUGUUACUAGUGCACUGACACCUCUCUCUGAUUUCUAUGUGGCUUGUCGGGAUAAUGAUGUUACGAAACUUCGACAACUUCUUCAAACACUUUCGGUUGAGGAAAUGAAUAAACUGGAACCAAAUGGAAGCACGGCUCUUCACGCCGCCUGUUUUAGAGGACAUCGAGAAGUGGUUAAAUUACUUCUGAAGAAAGGAGUCAGUCGAAAUCUUCGUAAUGAAUUGAGAAUAUCAACAACAUCAGAAUAUAAAAAUGAUCAAGAUAAAAAUCAACAUAAUGAAUAA